CUUUCAUUCUCUUGCAAGCAAUUGCAGAGGAUACCAGCUCUUAGCGCUUUCUGCGCCCUUGCGAUUCAGCAUUCCAGCGAUCAGCGAUUAUCGCGACCUUGCUCUCAGCGAUCAGCGUUCGCCAGCGCGUGGCUAGCAGCCAUGGCGGGCGUCCUUGGGCUUCUGGAGGCCUUGUGCCUGAGGACAUAUGAUAUUGCGCACGGCGCGGUCUCUGGAGCGCUGGACCCCUUCUGCAGCAGCUUGGAGAAGCUCACAUUUGAUGAGCUGCUGUAUGAGGUCGGGCGGGGUGCGCUGGUGGGUGCGCUGGAGGGGCUCCUCGGAGAGGAGGAGGGGCUUGUGGCUGUGGGUGGGGAGGGAGUGGUGGAGUUUUUGGGGGAGGGAGAGGAGGGAGAGGAGAGGGGGGUGGAGGAGGAGGAUGGCGAGGAGGGGAUGGUCUUUGUUGGGGGGGAGGAGGAGGUGGAGGACCUUUUGGAGGAGAGAGAGAGGGAGGAGGAGAUGGGGCGGGCCGAGGAGGAGAGCCCGGAGGAGAGCGGCAGCGUGUUUGAGGCGGAUGCCGACCAGCGGGCGGCAUCCUCGCCAGCCCUCGCAGAGGCAGCUAACUCCGCCUCCGCUGUCUCUCUGGCCCCACUCAUCCCCGAGCAUACCCAUGGCGACGGCCAGAGGGACAGCGGCAGGGCAGAGGAGGCGCCCCUCGAGGUGUCCCUCCCAGACGAGCGACUCUUUAGUGGGGAUGCCUUCGCAGUCGAUCAGAUCCCAGCAGGGUUCGGUGACAUUUUCUCUGACCCCGCUUUCAGCAUUAGCCGCGCCCUCUCUCAUAGUCAGCUCCCGCUCCCCGUCGCCCCCCGCCGCUUUUCGCUCCCGCCCACUCUAGCUCCUCAGGAUUCUCCAGUAGAUGAGCUGUCCUGGACUGAGGAUAGUGUGCUCCCCCCCAUUGAGUGGGAAGCAGUUUUGGCAGAGCGGGAUGCAGCCGUCAGCUCUCUCAUGACAGCGGUCAGUGAGAGCAGAGAGCGGCGCAUUGUCAUCCUGGACGGGGAGGAGGACAUGUGGCGGACGGCGCUGCUGAGGGAGUGGACGCAGGGCGAGCCUCGCACAUUGAGCACCACCAGUUCUGCACCCGCUACGAUCGUCGGCCCCGGCGAGGAGGCCUCUCUGGCCGAUGCUGAGGACGCGGAGGCGGUGCCCUUGUUCCAGGAGGUCAUUCCCCUGUGUUUGCUGGGGCGGGGUGGUCAGGGUGACGUUUACCACGCGGCGUGCUUCGACGCUGACGGCAACUACUUCCCGGCCGCGGUCAAGCGCGCCAGGCCGAACCCCGAGACGGACACUACGGAGGAGCAGCUGCGCGAGCUGAGCAGCCUGGUCGCCUGCCGCGGCUGCGCCAACGUGCUCCAGGCCCUCGGCUACUUCAUCUUCGAGGAUGGAGAGCUGGGCAUUGUCUUGGAGCUGGCAGAAGCGCCCCCCUCGUGGGCGAAGCACGGGGCUACCGUGCAGCACACCCCCCCGGAGCUGCUGCGAAUAGCGAGGUACUGUUACCAAGGGGCAGCGGGGCUGGCGGCCAUGCACAGCCGGCAGAUGCUUCACACCGACGUGAAGCCCGAGAACUUCCUCGUUUCCGGGGAAGUGGCCAAGCUGGCCGACCUCGGCUUCGCAGUCCGUGUCGACAGGGCCGCUGAGAUGGGGGCGUGCGGCACCCCGGGUUACAUCGCGCCCGAGGUGUACGUGGACGACCAGCACAGCAAGGCGUCCGACGUCUUUGCGAUGGGGGUGACCGUUUGGGCCCUCAUCACCGGAGACCGCCCCUCCGAUUACUUCAGGAGCAGACAGGAGUGCAUCGACUGGUAUGUCGCGGGCGGCCGCCUCGACUGGCCCGACGAGGUGUACUCUUUCGGGGGGAACCUGGUAGACCUGGUGGAGGCCUGCUGGGACUCCCUCCCCGAGCGGCGGCCCUCCGCCCACGCGCUCAUGAGGGCGCUGCUGCAAAUCUCUCUAGAGCUGGAGGGGGCGAAGAAGGUUUGGGUGGGGUAG